ACCAUCGACAUGACUCGAGGAGUGUUCACUCUUUUACUGGUUGUCUGUGUGGCAGCCACUAUCACCGAAGGAUAUGGCUCUUACCGUCAUGGGGGCAUACUAGGACAUACUGGAUUAUAUAAGAACCAUCUUAAUAGUUACAAGGAUCUGUUAACUGGAUAUGGCAACGAUUACGCUGCAGGUCACAUUCAACACUCUGGACAUUUUCAUAAAAUAGUGGUCGGACGUCUUUAUAGGCGCUUCCAUCAAUUCGGUAUUGAUCUGAUUGGAAACGGCCUCCGCUACAAAAACUACUAUUAUGCACGUAAAUGUGAACCCCUGAAGUUAUACAAUGCAUUCAGUGCAUGUUUUAAUGACAAUGGAUCGAUAGGAGAUUGCUUCCCGGGUCUUAUAAAGACUGGGCUGAUUGGACAUCGCCACGCCUACCAGAAAUAUGGUCGUAGCUUUGGACUUGGGGUUAAAUUUGUGAGGAGAGGAAUUAUUUAUCAUGAAACCGUUUACCAUUACCAUGUAAGGUCAUUGGAAUUUAUAUGGACAAUGACAUCUUGUUAUAAUGCCUUCCAUCAUGCAAGCAUUUGUGUGCCAAAAUUACAAAAGCAAGGUUUGAUUGGAGCACCCCAUCCUUUAACUGGUGUUGUUGGAGGAACUACUGGUUACCAUGGCUUUAAAAUAGUAAAUGGUCGUUUCAGCUACCAUGGACAUGCGUACAAGUUAAGCUGCAGUAGAACUCGUUUUUACAGUGUGUGGAAUAAAUGUUACACCCAAUAUCACAGUGUGGGUCGGUGCUUUGGAUAUCUUCAACAGCAACAUCUAUUUGUGUCUUAUUCUUCAAGUUCAAUAGUAGGAUACCAUGGAUAUGAUCAACUUGGAUUCAAAAUAGUUCAUGGAGGAUUCUCAUAUCACGGAAAAGCUUACACACUGAAGUGUAGUGAGAGUAGAUUUUAUAGACUAUGGGAUGAUUGCUACGGACAUUACCACAAAGGCAGUGUGUGCUUUGACAGACUCUAUAAACAGGGUCUAUUUGGUUACCAUAUAGACAGUGGCUAUGCAAGUGGUGAUUUUGAUUACCUUGGCUAUUACAACAGUCAUCACGGUUUCCAUUUAGUUAAUGGAGGAUUCACUUACAAGCAUGUCGCUUACAAAUUGAGCUGCAAUACAGACCGUUUCUACAGAUCAUGGCACAAUUGCUACGACUCUUACCACAGUGUAGAUGUAUGUUUUGGACGAUUGUACAAAAACCAUCUGUUUGUGUCCUUAGACCAUGGAGGUACAUACCCUGUACACACUAGUUACCAUGGAUACAAAUAUCUUGGAUUCAAGCUACAUCAUAGAAGAUUUAGCUAUCAUGGGAGAGCCUACAGACUGAAAUGUAGUACAAGACGUUUUUAUAAACUAUGGGACGACUGCUACUUCCACUACCACAGCAGAAAUUUGUGCUUCAACAAAAUCUAUAAACAACACUUCUUUGACUACUACCAUGAUUCAUCUUCUAUUGUGCACGGGGGUGAUUACAUUAACGACUUUGGAUACUACAAGGCUCAUCACGGAUUCAGUAUUGUAAACGGGGGAUUUUCCUACAACGGAGUAGCUUACAAGCUCAGUUGUAGCAGAACACGUUUUUACAAAGCUUGGAGAUCUUGUUACGGCACUUAUCAUAGUGUAGAUGUAUGUUACGAUCGAUUGUUGAACGACCAUCUUUUUGUGGCCCUAGACCAUGGAGAUACAUACCCUGUACACACUAGUUACCAUGGAUACAAAUAUCUUGGAUUCAGGUUAAAUCAUAGACGAUUUAGCUAUCAUGGAAAAGCCUACAGACUGAAAUGUAGUACAAGACGUUUUUAUAAACUAUGGGACGACUGCUACGUCCAUUACCACAGCAGAAAUUUGUGCUUCAACAAAAUCUAUAAACAACACUUCUUUGAUUACUACCAUGAUACAUCUUCCAUUGUGCACGGGGGUGAUUACACUGACGACUUUGGAUACUAUAAGGCUCAUCAUGGAUUCAGUAUUGUAAACGGAGGAUUCUCCUACAACGGAGCAGCUUACAAGCUCAGUUGUAGCAGAACACGUUUUUACAGAGCUUGGAGAUCUUGUUACGGCACUUAUCAUAGUGUAGAUGUAUGUUACGGGCAAUUGUUGAACGACCAUCUUUUUGUGGCCCUAGAUGGUGGCCAUGGUUACCAUUCUAAUUAUCAUGGAUACAAAUUCCUUGGAUUCAAGAUACGUCACAGAAGAUUUUCAUAUCUUGGGAAAGCUUACAGAUUAAAAUGUGGUAGAAGGCGCUUUUAUAGACUAUGGGACGAUUGCUACAACACUUACCACAGCAGAAGUGUGUGUUUUGACAAUCUCUUCAAACAACACAUCUUCGGCUAUGGACACCGUUCUCAUUAUCAUGGAUACAAAUACCUCGGAUUUAAGAUACGUCACAGAAGAUUUUCAUAUCUUGGGAAAGCUUACAGAUUAAAAUGUAAUAGAAGACGCUUUUAUAGAGUAUGGGACAAUUGCUACAACCAUUACCACGACAGAAGUGUGUGCUUUGACAAUCUCUUCAAACGACACAUCUUUGAUUACUAUGGUGAUUACGGUCAUGCUCAUAUUGGUGCUAGUUACAAUGGAGACUAUGGAUAUUAUAAAGCACACCAUGGAUUUAGUAUUGUUGGUGGAAACUUCCUCUAUAAAGGAGCAGGUUUCAAACUGAGUUGCAGCAAAGCCCGCUUUUAUAAAGCAUGGAAUUAUUGUUACCGCUCGUACCAUAAUGUUGAUCAAUGUUUUGGGAGACUUUACAAUGAACAUCUUUUUAUAAAGUCAGGUCCAAAUUACGAUUAUAGUUAUCUGAGAAAGAAUCUAUACCUUCAUCAAAAGAUUGCAGCUCACCAUGUGCAAAGGAUCCAUAAUGUCGCCAAUUCUCACAUUGGAAGGAUAAACCUUGUAGCCAAGACCCAUGCCAGAAAUAUACACGACGUAGCCAACAAACAUGUUAACAGACUAUCAUCUGAGGCCAAUAGUCACAUUAAAAGGUUCUUAAAAAUUGCAAAUAACCAUCUGUACCGUCUACAAAAACAUUCUAAAUCACACCUGGAAUCUCUAGAAGAACAGCACAAGCGUCACCUAAUGGAACGUGAACACCAACACAAAACCCAUGUGAUUAAUAAAGAAAUAAUAAAUACUAAACAUGAACACGCAAUCGCAGCGGCCCAUCACUAUGGCUAUGCAAAGGGAGGUGUGUAUGCACCCGCCGGAACGGUGAUAAAGACAGUCAGCCAUGGUUCUUACGGAUAUUACAAAUAGAAAUGAACGAAAUUGUGAAGGUUUGUUGGAAACUUUACAUAAAAGAUAAACAAUAAAUAUAUUAUCAACAUCUA